UGAUUUGAAAUGUGGGGCUAUAUCUAUAGGAUGAGUUUUUAGAAUUGGAAGGUUCUAUAUAAAGAUUUGUUCUUUCAUUUGUUCUUUCAUUCACUUAAUAUUUGUUGAGUACCCAUUAUGUGCCAGACACUGUGGCAGGUACCAGGAAUCCAGUUUUCAACAAGUCAGAUAUGAUCUCUGCCUUCUGAAAUGUUACUACUCUAGUGAGGGGAAACACAUUUCCAAGCAAAUAUAAUAAUUACAAAAUUGUAUACAUGAGGAAACUAAAAAGGGGAUCAAAUAGAGAAUAAAUUGGAAGUGCUUUAAAUAAAUUCAGGAAAGCUUCUUAGAGCAAGUGAUAUUUAAGCUGAGAACUAAAGGGAUGUACAUGGUUAGCCAUUAGGUGUAGGACAGGGAGACCGAGGCUGUUCAAAGCCUCAUCCACUGGGACAUGAGUUCAGAAUCUGUAGGGAAGGUGAUGACCACUGAGCAGGGGCAGAGGGGAAGAGGGGCAGAGGGGCAGAGAAGUAGAGCUAAAGCAAAGAGGGAGGCAAAUGGGAAUGUAACAUGUCAGAGAGAAUGAGUGAGUCACUAAAGACGAGGCCGGUUAGGGGAGGGGCUGGUAGUGAAGAGAGGAGAGUUAGGGAAAAUAGUACUUAUGAAGGACUAGUGACUAUGUUUAGAGGGAUUUGGGCUGAAUCUCUAUAACUGGCUGAAUUCAGAUAGGUGAACAGGAAAAGAGGCCAGUUCCUCCCUGAUACUUUGGGAAUGAAAGACCUCUCUAACUGGUUUGAGGGAGGCACAGCCUUGCCCACAGGCAGAGAGUGGAUGAAAAGCCUUGAGAAGAGCCCACCUGUGCCUGUAGUAGAGCCUCCUUCAUCUUUUCUUGAUUUGGGCAAAAUGGAGACUUCCAAAAUAAAGAUGACAUUGAAGGGACUCAGGCAGCUGGCUCUGGGCUGGCAGAAGAGAAAACAGACCUACCCAGGGCUCAGAGCUGGGGGUGGGUAGGAAACUUGCCUUGGAGACCCUUCCUCUGAACUUUGUGCUCAUUUUUCAUCCUCACCCCUCUGCUUCCCUUCUGCAAAAGCCCAUCUCUUCGCCCAGCCUGGGUCCUAUGACUUUUCUCUCCCUCAACAGUCGGUUCCCGAUUCUGGUCCCCGGCCCCCAGCAGCGCCUGCCCCCUUCCCACCGGGGCCCCCCAUGAUGCCACCACCCUUCAUGCCCCCUCCAGGAAUCCCCCCACCUUUUCCUCCAAUGGGGCUACCCCCCAUGAGUCAGAGACCACCAGCCAUCCCUCCCAUGCCACCUGGCAUCAUGCCCCCAAUGCUUCCACCAAUGGGGGCACCACCACCGCUCACACAGAUACCGGGAAUGGUACCUCCCAUGAUGCCAGGAAUGCUGAUGCCCGCAGUGCCUGUCACCGCAGCGACGGCUCCGGGUGCGGACACCGCCAGCUCUGCUGUGGCUGGGACAGGCCCUCCGAGGGCCCUAUGGAGUGAGCAUGUGGCCCCUGAUGGGCGCAUCUACUACUACAAUGCUGACGACAAGCAGUCCGUGUGGGAGAAGCCCAGCGUGCUCAAGUCCAAGGCAGAGCUGCUGCUGUCCCAGUGUCCCUGGAAAGAGUACAAGUCGGACACAGGCAAACCUUACUACUAUAACAACCAGAGUAAGGAGUCGCGCUGGACCCGGCCCAAGGACCUGGAUGACCUGGAGGCUCUGGUCAAACAAGAGGCUGCAGGGAAACAGCAGCCGCCGCCACAGACACUACUACAGCCACAGCCUUCUCAGCCACAGCCUGACCCCCCACCUGUGCCACCUGGCCCCACCUCGGUGCCCACGGGCCUCCUAGAACCUGAGCCAGGUGGGAGUGAAGACUGCGAUGUGUCAGAGGCUGCCCAGCCCCUGGAGCAGGGGUUCCUGCAGCAGCUGGAGGAGGGCCCCAGCAGUUCUGCUGGACGGCGUCAGGCACCACAGCAGGAGGAAGAAGAAUCAAAGCCAGAACCAGAGAGGUCUGGCCUCAGUUGGAGCAGCCGGGAGAAGGCAAAACAGGCCUUCAAGGAGCUACUGAGGGACAAGGCUGUCCCCUCCAACGCUUCGUGGGAACAGGCCAUGAAGAUGGUGGUCACCGACCCCCGUUACAGUGCCUUGCCCAAACUGAGUGAGAAAAAGCAGGCAUUCAAUGCCUACAAAGCGCAACGGGAGAAAGAGGAGAAGGAAGAGGCCCGGCUAAGGGCCAAGGAGGCCAAGCAGACCUUGCAGCAUUUCCUGGAGCAGCACGAGCGCAUGACCUCCACAACCCGCUAUCGGCGGGCGGAACAGACCUUUGGCGAGCUGGAGGUGUGGGCUGUGGUCCCCGAGAGGGAUCGGAAAGAGGUCUAUGAUGAUGUUCUCUUCUUCCUGGCCAAGAAGGAGAAGGAACAGGCCAAGCAGCUCCGGCGCCGCAACAUCCAGGCCCUGAAGAGCAUCCUGGAUGGGAUGAGUAGUGUCAACUUCCAAACCACAUGGUCCCAGGCCCAGCAGUACCUCAUGGAUAAUCCCAGCUUUGCUCAGGACCAUCAGCUUCAGAACAUGGACAAGGAAGAUGCGCUGAUAUGCUUUGAGGAGCACAUCCGAGCUUUGGAGAGGGAGGAGGAGGAGGAGCGGGAGCGGGCCCGGCUUCGGGAGCGCCGCCAGCAACGCAAGAACCGGGAGGCCUUCCAGACCUUCCUGGAUGAGCUGCACGAGACAGGGCAGCUGCACUCUAUGUCCACCUGGAUGGAGCUGUACCCAGCUGUCAGCACUGAUGUCCGCUUUGCCAACAUGCUGGGCCAGCCGGGCUCCACCCCUCUGGACUUGUUCAAGUUCUAUGUGGAGGAGUUGAAGGCACGAUUCCAUGAUGAGAAGAAGAUCAUUAAGGACAUCCUUAAGGACCGGGGCUUCUGCGUGGAGGUGAACACAGCCUUUGAGGACUUCGCCCACGUCAUAAGCUUUGACAAGAGGGCUGCUGCGCUGGAUGCAGGCAACAUCAAGCUGACUUUCAAUAGUCUGCUGGAGAAAGCAGAGGCACGGGAGAGAGAGCGGGAGAAGGAGGAGGCACGAAGGCUGCGGCGCAGGGAAGCUGCCUUCCGAAGCAUGCUGAGGCAGGCUGUGCCUGCUCUGGAGCUGGGCACGGCCUGGGAAGAGGUCCGUGAGCGCUUUGUGUGCGACUCAGCCUUUGAGCAGAUCACCCUGGAGUCGGAGCGGAUCCGGCUCUUCCGAGAGUUCCUGCAGGUACUGGAGACUGAAUGCCAGCACCUCCACACCAAAGGCCGAAAACACAGCAGAAAGGGCAAGAAGCACCAUCACAAGCGUUCCCACUCGCCUUCAGGCUCUGAGUCGGAAGAGGAGGAGCUGCCCCCACCAUCUCUCCGGCCCCCCAAGCGGAGGCGGCGGAACCCCUCGGAGUCAGGCUCCGAGCCCUCUUCCUCACUUGAUUCUGUUGAAAGUGGGGGUGCUGCCCUUGGAGGACGAGGUUCCCCAUCCUCCCGCCUUCUCCUUGGAUCAGAUCAUGGCCUUCGGAAAGCCAAGAAACCAAAAAAGAAAACGAAGAAGAGAAGACACAAGUCGAACAGUCCUGAGAGUGAGACAGACCCUGAGGAGAAAGCUGGCAAGGAGAGUGAUGAGAAAGAACCAGAACAGGACAAGGACAGGGACCUCCGUCGGGCAGAGCUCCCUAACCGUUCCCCAGGCUUUGGAAUUAAGAAGGAGAAGACGGGCUGGGACACGUCGGAAAGCGAGCUGAGCGAGGGUGAGCUGGAAAGACGGCGGCGGACGCUCCUGCAGCAGCUGGAUGACCACCAGUGACCUGACAAGCCACCCUGCCUCGGGUCUGUGUGAGGCUGUGGCCUAGGUCACCCUCACCGUCUGCCCCAGACUUCUUCCUUAGUUGGGUCUGUGUCCACUUUUCCUCAAGUAACCCCAACCCCAUCACACCAUUGCAGGCACCUACCAAGGUUGCUCGUGGUGUUCAAGGGUCCCCCACUUCCCGGACAACUAGUGCAGUCCUUGCCCUCAGCCCCUGACCGGAGAUUGGUGGUGUAUGCCAUACGGGGUGGGUGGUGCCAGUAGAUAAAAUGUGAGGGGGGGGCCUCUAGGAAGAGGGACAGGCUGGUGGACACAGCCUGGGUGGCAGAGGGCAGGAUCCUUACCCUCUAGCAUCAGUGCCUGCUCCUGCCUGCCCAGGGCCCUUGGGGCUCCACCACUCCUUCCUCCAGCCCCAGGGCCCAGUGUAUGUGUGUUUUGUUUUGGUUUGGUUUUGGUUUUUAAAUAACAAUAUUUAUAACGUGGCCA